AUGUUUGCGACCAUAAAGCUCGACCACAGUGUGCCCACGACAACAACGCGCCGCCGCCAUACAAAAUCAAAGAAGAAACGAUCGUCGUCGCACGUGGUGAAUGGCGAAGCGCUGGCACUCAUGCGGACACAGUUGCACCACAUUGGCUGCAAACUGCUGGAGGUCGAAGCCGAUGGCAAUUGUCUCUUUCGCGCGCUCGCUGAUCAAUUGUUUGGCGACCAGACCCAACAUCAAAAAGCUCGUGAAAAAAUCGUCGACUAUCUGGAACAACAUCGCGCCGACUUUGAACCGUUCAUGGAAGACGGUGAGACUUUUGAAAAGUACUGCGGGCGGAUGCGAAAGGAUGGCACGUGGGGUGGCAAUCAAGAACUAUACGCUGCUGCUCGACUUUUCCAGGUGUACGUGGUCGUCCAUCAAGACCAACCAAGUGCCCGGAUCAUGGUCAUCGAGUGCGAUCGCCUUAGGCCUACGCGAUUUGUUCACGUCGCUUUCCAUGGUGAAGACCACUACGACAGCGUGCGAAGUAUAACGGACCCUGUCGACCUUGUCGGCGUGCCACGACCGAUUCAGUUGGAUUGUGAUGGCUUCCGUGCAGACGAUUUUGCAAAGCGAUGGCAGACACACGCGAGCUCUGCUGCUGCUGCAGCUGAUGAUUCAUCGCAUCAGUGCGUUGUUCCGGAGCUACCUGCCGUUCCAGUAGACGGUGAAGUCGAUCGACUAGCCAGUGCUCUCAGUGACCAGCUACAAGUAGCAGCCGGAACGGACCGUAAGGCAAGUAGUAAGACGAUGAACAAGAAAGAGCAGCGACAAGCCCGCAAAGCCGCUAAGAUGCAAAAGAAGCUGCAACCGAAAGAUACGUGA